UGGACCAGUGGCCAGCUUCAGUGCUUUCCCAUUGGGAUCCAGUGCUCUCUACUUGAUCUGGAAGAAACCAGUAGAGGCCAAUGGUGUUUUGACAGGAUAUCAGAUUUUUUAUGAAAAAGUAAAUGGAACAACAUUAGGAGAAAAGAUAGAACAUAAGCCUUCACUUUCAAACCCUGAUGCAACCAGGCUGAAGUUGUCACGCUUGGAUCCUGAAACCAAAUAUAGACUUACCAUUCAAGCAACAACUCAAAUUGGAAUGGGGGAAGCAUAUUAUAUUGAAGAAACUACAGGAACUGGAGUCCCAGAAGUCCCAGAUGUUCCACAUUUUAUUUGGUCUCGACUUUUUGAUGAUGAUUCUACCAUUGUACUUAAAGUAACGUGGUUGCCUGCUCUCGAAGGUCAUCCUGGUAGUUAUUUUUAUGUUCAAUACAGAUCAAAAGGUGAAUCCUUGUGGAAAAACACUACUGCUGAACUAGAGACUGAUUAUACUGUAGUCAUGGGUCUAGAAAGAAAUACUCUCUAUGAGAUGAGAGUAGUAUCUGUUGAUGGUCCAUUUGAAACUCCAAGUCUUAUUGUUGAGGUAGAAACAGAAAGUUAUGGGGUACCUUCAGCUCAGGUAAUUGACAGUGCAGGAACAGCACCAUGGCUCAUAGCCUUAAUGUGUGCCAUUGCCCUGGCUCUUCUUAUUAUAAUCAUAAUCUGUCUCAUUAAACGAAAUGCCGGAGGAAAAUAUCCAGUCUACAAGAAGGAGGCGACUUUAGGUUCUGGACUGGAUUACCCUGAUGGUGGUGGUUUCCAUGAAUAUAACAAACCUUCCAGUAACCAUCAUCCCUUAAAGGGCAGCAGAACCUCUCUUAACAGUAGCCUGGCAGGUCCAGGCAGUGACACUGACAGUAUGGCAGAAUAUGGAGGAGAAGGAGACACAGGAAAGUUUACUGAAGAUGGAUCCUUUAUUGGUCAGUAUGGUCGAACUAAAAAUGCAGAAGAAGAAUCUAGGUUAUCAACAGCAGCCACUCCACUCGUUUGAAGCUCUGCAAGUUGUUUUACACAUUUCAGUCCCUUUUUUUAUUCUGGAAAAUUAGACAUGUGUGCAAACUGUAUGAACUAGAGACUGGUAUUUUUCAAUGCCUACAAAUGAUAUAAUAAUUUCUAGUUCAUAACUGUUCUAAAUCGUAAGUUUCAAACAUCAACAGUGUGGUUGUUUUUUAAAUUUUUGAUACUAAAGAAACUCCAGUGUGUAUUCCACAUUAUAGAUUUUCUUACAGUAUGCUAAUAUAUUUUGUUGUUUUGUAAGUGAGCUUGUGAGUACAUUGUUAUUCUGUUAUAAACCCAGUACAUAGAAUUUACAUAUUGUUCAUUAGUGUUAAAUUGUUACGAGUAAAAUAAAUUCUAAUAACAUUUUGUGAAUAACUGUUGAAAUAUAAAUUCUCUUCCAAAUCAUGGAUUAUUUCUACUUCUAGUAUGUUUCACAUUUUAUAAAAAGGAGUUUUUGAUAAAUUUGAACUGUGUGUUUAGUGCUGAUGGAUGCUGAAAGUUGUGUUAAACUUAGAAAAAUUUAUUAUUUUUGGAAUUUUUGUCUGUCAUGGGCUUUUUUCUAUUAAUAUUUUGAACUAGCUUAACAGAAUCUCUAAUUCUUCAAUCUGAAAUAAUAUUCUUUGUUUUACAAAUUCUUUUACAAUUAAUCUUGUGUUUAGCUGUUACUAAAAUUAUUUUUGUAAAUACUUUAUAGUAUUUUAUUAAUAUAAAAACUGAACAAAUACUGCCAGUAGAUGAUGGAGCAAGUGAUGUUCCAAUAUUUUUUUAAACUAAUAUAUAAUUUACACUAGAUUUUCCACAAAAUUUCAGAUAAAAUUAAUUUGAAUGCUUAUUAUUAAUUCCAUAAUCUAUUUAGGAGUGGAAUCUUUUGUUAUUUUUACAGAAGAUGGUUGUCAACUUUUAACUAUAUUACAUUGUGUUAAUUUCUCACAACUACCCAAUUGCUUUAUUAAUCACAUUUGUCACCUAUCAUAAUAGUGAAAUGUAAUAUUUAUCAGAUGUGUAGCUUUCAAAAAAAAAAGGGUUACACAUGCUUUUCUUUUGAAGAUGUGUUCAAGUUCAUCAUGGUAAUUUUUAAAACAAAAAUGUAAUAAAAGAACACAAUUCAACCAUCUAAUUUCCCUGUGGUAUUCUAAAUGCAGACUUUUGCUGUUUGGUAAAGGGCCCUUAAGGCCCUCUGCUCUGGAUGAAUACACACGAUUAAUGCCUCAAGUUCUGAUAAAUGUAAAUAAGAGAUAAUUCACUUAAAAUAAAGUUAUAUAUGACUUAUUAAAAGCAUGAGUACAAGCCAUGUUAGUUACUUAACACUAAAUAGAUUUAGCUUUACCUGAUGUUUUCAUACCUGUGUACUAAAAAAGUACAUAAGAUAAUGCAUCACAUGAACUAUCUUUCUAGAUUUAGUACCUGAGCUUUUAGACAGUUUAUAAUAUAUAACACAUAAAUAAAACAUUUUCAGAUACUUUCAGCUAUUAUUAAUAAUGUCAAGUAAAAAGCUUGUGUAGUAUUGUUGCUUUUGUUUGUGUAGGUGCUGCUCUCUAUGUCAUAAAUUUGUUUUUUGUAUUAACAUCAUCCUCAUUAUUCAUUAUUAAAUUAUGAAUUUUAUUUCUUUGCAGUAAAAUUCUUCCUAAAUUAUAGCUUAACAAUUAAAUUUCAGCAUUAAAAUUAUAUGGUUAUUUGCAUUCAAAAUUACACCAACCAAGUACUUAAAUGACAACAAUGUUAGAAAGUCAAAUCUUUUGCAUAAUCUAGCUGGUAUCCUGUGUAAGAGGAUACUUGCAUGUACAAUUAUUUUUAGGGAAAAUAGGGGCAGAAUGUCUUAUAUCUGUAUUUGGAAACCGAUUCAAUUAAAAUUUACUUUAUUUUGAAUUUCAUAAUAAAUGGUUGAAAGAAACUUUAAAAUAGUAUUAUAUCUAUGUAUAUCUCAAGUCUGGCUGGACCAGAUAGUUUUGUAAUAUUUCAUUCUUUUUUGAUAUCAUCAUUAAUAUGUGUAUCCACCAUAUUUGUAGUUUUUACAAUAGCAUUUCACCAAUUUGUUGGCAAUGCUUGGUUUAUGCUACGAUACAUUUCCAUUAAAACAAUUUGUUUUAAUUGUCUGAAAGUAAUAUAAUGUAUUAAUUACUGUUAGUGGAUAAGCAAGAACUUGUGAAUUAAUGAUGAUAAAAAAUGUAUUCAUUAUAAAGAGCUUAGAAUUUAUUAUGAUAAACGUGUAUUGUCCAAAAGUUAAUUUGAAGCUAAACCUUGGAAAACUUUGUUAGUGAACAAUAAAGUGUUAAGUCACGCCAGUCAAUUAUUUUGAUAAUCAAAAUGUUUUUCAUUAUGAACUUUUGUUACCGGUCUCUUUGUAAUACAAUUAUAUUGAGUGCUUCUAUGUCUAAAGCCCUUUUUACAUAUAAUAAAGUUAAAUAUACAAACAUUUCUUAGUAUAAAACAUACGAUUAAUUUGUUGAAUUCAAUAGUAAAAAUUUUGCAGUGUUUCAACUAUUGCAAACCUGGCUAUCACCAGAUGAGAUAGGGAGAUAUUGAUUAAUAUUCCUUUCUAGAGUAUGUGAAGAUCAGAAGUUUUAUUACAAGGUUCUAUGACAAAUACUAAGAAUUAGGAGCAGGUAACGGUGCUAAUAAUGCCCAUUUUUUACUAACCAUUUGUAUGUUGUUGAAAACAAAUCAAAUUUCACCUUUUCAAAGAAAUCUGGAUUUAAAGAUAUUUAAAAAGAAAAAAUCAUAAUAUUAAUCUAUUUCUUAUAUGAAAAAAUAGUGCAAUCAACAUUCAUACUAUUUGUAUACUGAUUCUUAGGAUUGUUUAAAAGUAUAAUAAAUGGAUUACUACCUGCAAUCACUCCACAUAAGAAUUUACCAAAAGCUAGAAUCUUUUAACUAAUGCAUAAGCCCAGAAUUAACUACAACACUGGUGCUUAGCAAUUUUAAAAACAAAUGAUUACAUUUCUGGUCUGUAAAUACAUUUCUGAUACGUCUUAAAAAGCACUUUCCUCUAUCCUUGGAACAAAGUUUACGAGUAAAAACAGUUUAGAAGUUAUGUAGGAAAGUCAGGGAAGCAUCUUAGUUUGGAAAUUUUUCUGGAUUUAAACACGUUAUUGUUGGUUUGGGGACCAUUUAAUUUGUAUAAAUUAUUUUCAUAUAAAUGUUUAAAAGUUUUCAAACUGCAAGUUUUUAAUUUUUGAAGAAUAUAUAUAUGUAUCUAACCUUGUUACAAUGUAAAAUAAUAUUAAAAAGCAGAGUUUAUUUUAUAAAUCUAAGUAAAUAUUUGGUUGUUAUAGCCAUUCAUUUUCAAUAGAACAUUUCAGUCAAUUGCUCAAUACAGCAUCAAAAUUUCAGAUUUUUUAAACUCAUUUAAGUUACGAGUAUGAUGUACAGUAAUAUUCUUGAUAUUUCAUUCAGUAUAGGCACUCAAGUACGGUAGACAGAUUUUAUAAACUAUUUUCAAGUAUAUAAUGUUGUAGUCACAAAUGUCCAUGAUUCAUUGCUUCUAUGAUUAUUUUAAGUUCCCCUUUUAAGUUGGUGCCUUGGAAGCUUACCAACAUCAUUAUUUCUGUAAAUUUGUUGUUGUUUUUUCAAGGUAAUUCUAGUUUAAAAUUACUAAAUAGAUGGUUAAAAGCUACAUUAUUAUUAUAACAAGAGGCUUAUUAGUUGAUAUUAUUUGUGAAUGUUAACAUACGUGCACACAACUAAACGAUAAAAUCAAGGUGCUUAAUAACUGUUGCCAAUGUAAUUUAUCUGCCAAACCACUGAGGUAAAUUAAAUGUACCUGUCUAAAGCACUGUGUACUAGAAAAACCUUCCAUACACAUGCCUUUCAAACUUUGUACACAUCUGAGUCUGAAAUAUAGACCUUCUGUACUCAAAAUAAAAAAAAACCUGGAACUCUAUUUCAAAUCAAUAUGUACAAUGUAUGGAACUAAAAAA